UUGCUGCUCUCUCCCAUUCUCCCAUCCCAUCAGCCCCUCUCUCUCUCUCAAUCAAUCUUGGGCCAUUUUUACUUCCUUGAAAUACGCAAAAGAUCAUCAACUUGAACAUCAAUCGCAGCAACAGCCUCGUUGUAGUGAUCAAUCCUAUAUGUGACAACGAAAGCGGAAGAAAUUGAUCCCAUCCCUUUCCUUCAUCAAUAAACCAAGAAUGCAAUAGCUCUAGCAGUAGCAGUAGCAGUAGUAGCAGCAGCAGUAAGGUAAAAAAAAAAAAAAAACAAUAGACAGAGACAGAGAGGGUCUUUCUUUCUUUCUUUUAGUAGUUUAAGGUGCAGAAAUGGCUAACCAAUUGGAGCACUUGGUGGAGUCCAUAAAGUCCAAGGUGAAAGCACUGAAUUUGAAGAAGAAAAAGAAGCCAUACGUAAAGAUGGACAAGAGUGCAAGUGUUAAAGUGGAGAUCCGCAGUAGAAAAGCUCGCCAACUCAUCGAUAAGACUCUCAAGGGUGCCGAUCGCCCCGGAAAGCGUAGCGUUUCUUGAUUUUCGUCUUUUCGAUACAUAUCACUCUAAUUUUUCUGCAGCUUUUCUUGAUUUCCCUUUUAGUAAUUCUCUGUAUCAUCAACACAUACCAUAAUCCAUACAGUCUGAAACUUCCGAAUUUGUCU